AUGAUUCCAUCUAAUCACGUCCUUAUGGUUUCCCUACUCAAAAACCUAGUUUCAAACUUUCAAUCGCCUCCUCCGAUGAACAGCAGCCACCGUCACCAACGUUCCCCGCCUAUUCUUCACCAACGUGGUACGUCGACGCCUUCCAGCCGGUGCUACGGUGCGUCGAACAUCCGACGCCUUCUACUCCUCCCGGCAUCCUCUGAUAUCGUCUACUCCAUUGAAAUACCUCCGACGUCAGACCUUGUCAUUUGUGAAGCUUGGUUCUUUCUAUGCUGCAUUGAAGGAUUUCUUAGUAAAAUAGAUGCAUUAUGGUCUUCAAGAUACCACCAAUCAAUGUGAUACAUGAUUAGUUUCUACGCAUCUUACUUGACUUCUUUGGGUAGCCUUUAAUAGGAAUAGCUAUGACAAGAAAAUUGACUAGAAGCUAGAAUGAUUGUGAUGCAUCUAGCAAUAAGAAGAACAAAGAAGAACAAUACUGAUGAUGUGGGACAUUAUUCCAUUGGAUAAAGUUUGAGAAAGAGGCGAUGGCUCAAAGAAAUUCAGAUUUGCCUAAAACCCCACGUGGUUUGUUGAUUAUUUAUAGGCAAAAUAAUUUUAUUUGGAGAAGCAAUGCAAUACUUCUCUUCAGAUGAUUAUAAUCCAAGUGUUGGGGAACAUAAAUACAUACUAAAUGAUUCUAGGAAGGCAUUCAGGGAGCAAGUAUGUUGGUGGUUCACUUUUCAUUAGAUCCCUCAAGUUGAUUUUGUACCAAAUCCACUAUCCAAACAAGAUAAAAACAAUGAACUUCAUAUUUCAAGAAGCAAAAGAAAACCUUGGCAACAAUGUAUGACAUCAAAAGCAAACAAAGACCAUGAUGAACAAGAAAAACCUUUGGAGAUAUAGUAUUAGCUUAUGUGUACAAUCAUUUCUCUUUUUUGAAACUUGUAUACAUAUUUUUGAUUAAAAAUUUAUGUCUUUAGUAUUUGAAUUGAAAACUU